AAAGUAUCUCACAAAAACUUCCAAUUUCGAAAACACCACCCAACUCACAGCUCAUAGCAACACUCCAAAGUCCAAAACCCCCCAAUAUUUAACGGAAAAAAAAAAAAUCAUCAGAGCUCAUCCUUCACGAUUUCUCUCGAACCGCAACAAUGUCUCUCCUAAACCCUAACCCUUCUUCCCUCCUCCGCCCUCACAGGCUACCCCAUAGCUUCCUCCCCAAAUCAACCAAACCCCACCACGCCGUAAAAUCACUAUCUCCGACCAACAAAUCCAUCUUCUCCGUACGCUCCUCCUACACUUCCUACUCGUUCAACGAGUGGGGGGAGAGAACGGGUCCCGAGCCCGAACCCGAAUCGAAGGCCGAUGAGAAGCUCUGGGAGCUGAAACGGGCUUUGCUGGACACUGUUUACGGGUCGGAUUUAGGAUUCCGGGCGUCAGCUGAGGUGCGGGCGGAGGUCCACGAACUUGUCUCGCAGCUGGAGGCUGCGAAUCCUACUCUAGCCCCGACUGAAAGCACUGGAUUGCUUGAUGGGAAUUGGGUUUUGAAGGCUAUCACCAAGGCCGCCGCCGCUCAGAUUGCCAAUGACUUCAAAGAGCUUCUUGAGUACACGGCCUUCUCUGAGCUAUUGCCCCUGCUGGCAGCAGGCACUAUUCCCUCAGUGAAAGUCAAAAAAAUAAGCCAAUCUAUCGACACAAGCAAUCUUAUCAUAGAGAACUCCACCACAUUAUCGACCCCUUUUUCCUCUUUUUCCUUUAGUGCUUCAGCAUCCUUUGAAGUCCGGAGCCCUUCAAGAAUACAGGUUCAAUUUAAAGAAGGAAAAUUCAAACCUCCUGAGAUCAAGUCGAGCGUAGAUCUUCCGGCUAGCGUUAAUAUUUUCGGGCAGAACUUAAAUUUAUCACCGGUUCAGCAAUCCCUGAGUCCACUUCAAAAUGCUGUUGAGGGCCUAGCUCGGACUAUUUCUGGUCAGCCUCCUCUUAAGAUUCCUAUUCCUGGUGAACGGACAAAAUCGUGGCUUUUAAUCACGUACCUUGACAAAGAUUUUCGAAUUUCGAGAGGAGAUGGUGGCCUUUUUGUGCUUGUGAAGGAAGGGAGUCCACUCUUGGAUUACUAGUAGCCGGUAUUCUUGUCAUUUGUGCAUAUUUUUUCGCUUGCAGUGCGUAUGGUACCACAUUUUUAUACAUCGCUUGGAUUAGUAUUUCUGUACUAUAACACUUAAAGGAAUCGGUUAUACGCUGCCUUUGCAUAAGUCUUUCGGUGUUACUAUUUGUUCGAGAAAUUCGACUGUCAAUUUAAUAUCAUUCGAGGUCGAACAUUUUUCUUCUGUGGAUUCACUGAUUUCAAAGUGGUUAGUAGAUUUUGUUUUAGUAUCGUUGUUGAUGAGAAUAGUAAAUCAAAC